AUGCAACCCCUCAUUCACUGCAGAAGUAACUUGGAUAUUCAGGUGGUAAAAGGAACCUUGGAGACUCCAGUUGUUGAAGAAACCUUGUUCACACCAGUGGAAGAUGGAACCUUGGACACUCAGGUGAAAGAAGGAACCUUGGACACUCCAGUGGUAGAAGGAACCUUGGACACUCCAGUAGUAGAAGGAACCUCGGACACUCCAGUGGUGAAAGAAGGAACCUCGGACACUCCAGUGGUAGAAGGAAUCUUGGACACUCCAGUGGUAGAAGGAACCUUGGACACUCCAGUGGUAGAAGGAACCUUGGACACUCCAGUGGUAGAAGGAACCUUGGACACUCCAGUGGUAGAAGGAAUCUUGGACACUCAGGUGGUAGAUGGAACCUUGGACACUCAGGUGGUAGAAGGAACCUUGGACACUCCAGUGGUAGAAGGAACCUUGGACACUCCAGUGGUAGAGGAAACCUUGGACACUCCAGUGGUAGAAGGAAUCUUGGACACUCAGGUGGUAGAUGGAACCUUGGACACUCAGGUGGUAGAAGGAACCUUGGACACUCCAGUGGUAGAAGGAAUUUUGGACACUCCAGUGGUAGAAGGAAUCUUGUUCACACCAGUGGUAGAAGGAACCUUGGACACUCCAGUGGUAGAAGGAAUCUUGGACACUCCAGUGGUAGAAGGAACCUUGGACACUCAAGUGGUAGAAGGAAUCUUGGACACUCCAGUGGUAGAAGGAACCUUGGACACUCCAGUGGUAGAAGGAAUCCUGGACAAUCAGGUGGUAAAAGGAACUUCGGACACUCACUUAUAUCUUGUAACUCACGUUGCUGGAUGUAGUUUGUAG